AUGGCCUCCGGAGCUAUGUCUACUGCUUCUACCAAGUUCAACUGGGCCGACGAUGCCAUCGAGGAAGCCGAACUUGCAGCAAGAGCAUCUUGCCCUAUGACUCCACCUAGUAGCUGCGAGCCAUCCCCAGCAUUGAGACCAGCAGCCAAGGUCGUCGCGCCAGCAACAGUGGUUUCUGUCGAAACUGCCAGCAACGAGAAUCAACAAAUCGAGACACUUGUCACUGAGCAAGGCGAAGUGCCUGCUACGAAGAAGAAGAUCGACCCCAGAUAUGAUGUCAGGGUUAUUGAUAAUAUUUGUGUUCCCAGCUCCGCCGAGGUCGAUGAAAAGCAAGCAUUUGCCAAAGUCGUUGCGUGCUUGGUGUCCUCAAUCACUCCAAGUCCGCCUGUCGUCUCCUCGGACAUGGUCUCCAUUCGCAGACCGGCGGCCCAAGAUCCUGUUGCUCCGAGUGGCUUGAACCCUACCGCUCCAGCGUUCCAAUAUCCGCAACCCGCAAUCCGAGCUCAACCUCAAAAACCAUUUCAGCCUAACAGUCCGGAAGAGCUCGCUUAUUGGCUCACAUUGCACCCGAGAUAUGGCAUGCCCCAUCAGCCUCAUAUAGAGACUAAGCCACCCAUGUUUGUAAAGAUUUAG